AUGCCGCUGGUGCGCUACCGCAAGGUCGUGCUGCUGGGCUACCGCUCCGUGGGUAAAACCUCUCUUGCUCACCAGUUCAUUGAUGGAGAGUUUCUGGAGUGUUAUGACCCCACGGUGGAAAGCACUUACAACAAAAUGUUGUCGAUGGGGAAGGAUGAAUUCCAUCUGCAGCUAGUGGACACUGCAGGGCAGGAUGAGUACACGAUCCUGCCGCACUCUUUUAUCAUUGGCAUCCACGGCUACGUGCUGGUGUAUUCUGUCACGUCUCUCAAGAGUUUUCAAGUGGUCAAGUCUUUGCACAGCAAGUUGCAUGAAAGCAGAGGGAAGACGAGGAUGCCUGUGGUGCUUGUGGGCAAUAAAGCGGAUCUCUCGCUAGAAAGCCGUCAGGUGAAGACUGAUGAAGGCAGGAAGCUUGCUGAUUCCUGGGGUGCCGUGUUCCUGGAGUCCUCGGCAAAAGAAAAUCAGAUGACUCAAGGAAUCUUCACAAAGAUAAUUGAGGAAAUUGACCGCGUGGACAACUCAUACGGUGAACAGCGCAGCUGUGUCCUGAUGUGA